AUGGUGUAUGAUCAAGUUCUUAAAAGAUCUUUGACCAAAUGGGCUAACUAUGAUAGAACAUUUUGCCCUGAUAGAGGUUACGUACUUGUUUACCCAGAUGGUCAAUUGGCACGAACAAUUCCUGGUGGGGACGAAGAAUUCGUGAUGGGCAAGUACAAAGAAGAACUUGGGAAAGCUGAAUUACAAGAAGAAGUGCCAGAAAAUUGUAAUGGAAAUUUAGCAGUAUCUCCAGAAUCCAGUGGAAAUGGGUCUGGGGAAGCUGCUGCAACAUCCUAUGCUUUGACGGACUUUUUACCAGUUGGAGUUGAUGAGAAUGCUGCUGUGCAACAGGCCAUACGUAAUAGCUUGUCUAUGCAUGUCGAUGUGGAAGAUGCAGUUGGUGAUGCUAUCACUGACCCUGAAAUUCUCACAAGUGAUGGUUUCUUGAAUGCAGUUAAAGAGCAUGCAGCAAACAAAAUUCAAGGAGACCCUCGAAACAUUGUUGUUGGCCGAUUAAGCAUAUGGCGAACUGCGCUACCAUAUUUUAGAAGGAAAGGCUUCCUUAGUUCUGCUGGCAUUUUGAAAGUAUCAUUUGCUACAUUUGAAGAGGAGGAAGAUGCCGUAGAUCAAGGUGGCCCAAGAAGAGAAUUCUUCCAUCUACUUCUUGGAGCUAUUGCACGAGACAGUGGAAUAAUGUGUAGCAUGCCAACAGGUUGUGUAAUUCGCUGCAAUGUUGGAGCCUUGAAUCAAGGAACAUUUUUGGAUGGACACAUGUUGGCUACACUUGUUGUGCAAGGUGGAGAAUUGCCACGAAUAUUUAGCAAAUCUGUUUGCCAAUAUAUUGAGGCAGGGUUUGGCAGCUGUACACCAGAUAUAGACGAGCUACCUGACAAGAACAUUAGAGAUUCUCUUUUAAAGCUGAAAGCUGCAAAGGAUCAAGGGGGUGUUGAUUCUUUUUUGGCUGAGAGUGAGUGGAGAUAUGACAUUGAUGGAUUGUCCCAAACCUUCCUAAUUAAAGAUAAGCUGAUGUUCAUUGAGGAGGUCACCAAAUACUUCAUCAUCAUAAAAUGCAAACCAAUGCUUGAUCAGCUCAUUGAAGGCCUCAAUUAUUAUGAUGUUUUGCAACUGGUCCGUGCUAAUAAAGGAAUGGCAAACUAUUUAUUCCAGUACAAUCCAGAGGAAAAGAUGGAUGGCAGCAAGCUGAUAAAAAUCAUGAAACCUAAUUUUUCUCCAAUUGGUCACCAUCGUAGAGAACCACAAGAAAUAAUAAUGGCUAAAUUUAUCGCCUUCAUCAAGUCCACGGAAGGUGAGUGACAAUGUGAUCUGUC